AUGGCCAUCAUCGACGAGGUCACCGGCUCUCACACGAGGCGCCAGCCGCCCGUGACGAUCGAAGAGCUCCCAGAUUCUCCGUGUGAGGCUCAGCCGCAGCCAUCGACGGAGUCGGCGACUGCACCACCCCCCGACAGCUCCUUCGCGGCGCAGCUCAAGGCUAUCGCCUCCCGUCUUGUGCCACCAGAUGACCCCUCUGGUCCGGCAUUCCAGCGCACCGCCGCUGCGGCACUACGAGAACUUGCUACCGCCGUAACCUCGCCAGAAUGGGACAAGCUCAGUCGUGAAGACCAGUCGGCAGCCUUCCUCCCCGCAAUCCUGCUCAACUUCCCCUCUCCCCUCUCGCCCCCCUCCUCUCCCUCCUCUCAACCCCUCGUUAUCCCCACCCCGCCUGACGCCUCGUCCCUAGCUCUCCACCUCCUCCAACACCCCCUCCGCACCACCUUCUCCCACCCCCAUCUCUCGGCCGGAACGCGCGCGCGCUCCCGUCCACACGGCGGCCCAAAUGCCAUGGACGACCUGCACGACGACAGCGCAUGGAAGACGCCCGGAGUAGACAACGCGCUGGCGUGGUGCGCAUCGCAGCUCUCGGCCUCCGAGGUAGAGCGGCAUCUGAGCCUGCUCCUUCCACCGACGCUGACGAUGAUGGACGACUGGCAGCCCAUGUGGCGGGACAGGGGUGCACGCGUCCUCGCCUCCUGGAUCGACAAGGUCGAUCCGGAAGAGCUGCGGCGGCGAGGACUCGACACGCUCCUGCUCAAGAGCCUCACACACACACUGAGCCUGCAUAACGACCCGCCGCUAUACCACGUCUUCCCCGUCACCCUUUCUAUUGCGGAACAUUUGGAGGGAGAGAGGAAGGCGCUGGCAUACGCUGACAUCGUGGACCGCGCGCUAGUGGUUGGGUGGACGUAUGCGAGCUCCUCUGCCGUCACCGUGCUGGUUGACAUUGCGCAGAAUGCGGAAGCGCUCAUCGGCGUCCUUGGGGCUGGUGUCGCACGGUGGCUCAAGUCUAUUGUACCCUCCCUCCUCGCGCCGCUGCAGCACGAACCCACGCCAAAUAGGCUCGGGUUGUACGCUGCCAAUCUGUCGACUCUCCUCGCCCUCCUCAAGACUCUCCGGGGAGCUGGAAGGGUCGACAGGUGGCGUGGGCGGAUCCUUGACGUUGUGGCGCGCGUGUGGGUCCAAGUAGGCAAGUACGGGUAUUCAGGCAAGGAAAAGGCCACAGCCGAUGACGUCCUCGGCCUCACGCGCGACGUAUACGCCGAAGUCGCGGCGCAGUGUCCCUCUGUCAAGACACACGAGUUCGCACAACUCCGCGCACUUGACUCGUGCUUCGUGCCACUCGUCGCGUAA